CAACUAGCCGCCAUUUUUGAGCCGAUCAUGGAACUAAAUAUUGUUUACAUAAUAACAUUUUAGAAAUAUUUUAUUCAUACUUUAUUUUAAUUCUAAAUACACAAAUGGUACAGAAACUCGAUGAAACUCAUAAGAAGAGUGUUAAAGCUGACGUAAUUAUUUUAGGAUGCAGUUUAUCAGGGAUCGUGGCCGCUCACAAGCUAAAGAGGAGGUUCGGAGAUUCUAUGGAUAUUGUCGUGUUAGACCUGGCGGGACAGACACAAAGCUAUUCCAAGUAUAAUGUUGUCUUCGAAGAUGUAGAAAAGGACAGCCAGGAUAUCAUAACCGAGCCGGAUUUUCAAGGAACCGCUAAGCAAAUGAUUGAGAAUGUUGCGCGGUUUUAUCUAGCUAAAUAUGCCAAAGAAUUCCACGUGCCCCUUCCAGACGUCAUAAUAGCCCCGGAAAGAGUCAGGACUAGGUUGACCAAGCUGUUCCAGCACCAAAACGGUAACACUGUAGAAUGUACCAAUGACUUCCACGAGUUCGACUAUCUCAGCGUGAUGGAGAGGUUCGAGAUUAACCAAUACCAGAACAUGUUAGAUCAGAGCAUGAAGGACUUAUUUCAGAGACACAAAGUAGAUUUGCAAGCAGAAAGAAAUAGGUUAAGAUACUACGAUCAGACGUGUAUGGAAAGUCAUAUACGGGGGGCAUUGUUGUUUCCAACUUCUAAAGAAAUAAUGAGAUCUACCGUUAAGCUGGUCUGUGGCGCACCGGCUAAUUCUGUGUCUGUGUUAUUCUAUCUUCAUCAAUGUUACAGGACCGGCAGUACUAAAAACCAUUUAGAUGGAAAUAAUACAAAGUUUAGGGAGAAGACUUUGGGUCACUGUCGGAAACGUCUCCAGAAAAAACUGCAGCAGAGCAUCGCUGACAUAACUCUGUCCGCUAAAUCUAUUAAGGAAAUAAGGACAUACUCUGAUGAACAAGUUAUUCUGGAAACAAUAAAAGGCGAAACAGAUUAUGUGUGUAAUUUGUUGGCGAUGGCAUUAAAACCUGACCAGCUCGACAGCAUUCGAGUUGAGGAUGAGCUGCUGGCGGUAAAUUUGGCUAAUAAGAUUCGCGCCAUGAUUCCGGGUCGUGCCAGGAGGUUUGUUAUACAAUAUGAAGAUAACUUUUGGACGAAAUUGGGCUACAGCGGUGACAUUCUCAGCAUACGUGGUCCAAUCAUCUGGGCAAUGGAGAAACCAGAAAUGUCUACGACUGGUAGCUUAGAGAAAUAUCCCUCACUGAUCGGGUAUUUGAUGGUCCGUGAUGAGAGUGACGGGGACAGUAAAGAAGCCGUCAUAGAACAACUUAUAAAACUAUUCGGAAAUAACGCAAGUUCCCCAGUGAACUACAAAGAGACAAACAUAGCGGAUUUGUUCAUACCUAGGUGUGGAGAUUAUGUAGCACUUAAAGAGCUAACAGGCGAAGGGAGUCCGAAACACUUAGAGUGGGGGACGUUGGACAUAUUCGCCGAUGGAGACGUUGCUGCUGCUCUGGAAGCUGGGCACACUGCCUACCUUAAUCUGCUGACCAGCCUCCGUCCGCAAGCUCAGACAUACGAGGAUCGGAGUACGGCAGAUUGGCCACGGUUUCUGGAAGAUAGCCCUGUUCAAAGGUGGUAUUCCCACGUAAAUUUUGCUAAUGGUAUACAUUUACUGGUGUACUCUGCUGCUGCGUAUUACGGCUUACGUGUUGUGAGGUCUUAUUUCCGGAAAUAAGCUGAGUCUUGUGUUUUUUAAGUAGCCUUUAAAGUUUUUACGAUUCCAAUUAUUUGUAAUAGAUUAAAUCGGCCUUCAUGAUACCAAACAUUUUGUUAAAAUCUUUACAAUACUUUAUUGACGACCGUUUAGCUCUAAUCGCAACAAUAUUUGUAAAAUAGCAUACGGUACAAUAAAGUUCUAGCUCUGGCUAUUUUGACACCGCCAAUGUAAGUCGAUAUCGAUUAACUAUGAAUCUUAUCCGUAUACCUUGAACAGGCGAUGCUAUUUAGAUUACAUUCUGGUCACAUCCAAUAUCGAAUGGUAUGCCCUAAUUUAGGGUCUCCGUAUGCCACGAACGAAUUGACCUUAAGUUGAUAAUCGUUCAACACUCACGGUCGCUCAAAUAGGUCAAGUGUAUUUUUCUAUGAAAAACGCAUCUGUAAAAAGUUAUUGGAGAAGUUCUCGCUAUCGAAGCAAGUUAUGAAGGUUAAAUCAAUUAUACACAAAACGCCCGCUGA